GUUCCAAGCUAGUCAUCUAUCACAUCGUGCCAUCUACUCCAGCAAUUUAUACUAAAAAUAGUGGAAUAUUCAAUACUACUUGCACCGUAGAUAUUCGUCACACUCACGUAUCCUGACCAUCAACUGGCCCAGUACCAAUGGAAGAUGACCGAGUGACCUUUUCUCCACACUCUCCACACGAUGGAGAUAGCACUUCCGUCAGCGCCGCACCCACGAUCCCCGACAGCGUCACGACCUCUCAGCCGAUCCUAGCGCAUUCUCUCAUACGCUUGAUUCAAUGCUCGCACUGUUUGCGGCCUCUCCGGUCACCGCUCAGGCUGCCAUGUGGGAAUACCUUCUGCCGAGCUUGUCUUCCCCCGCUUCAUGAGCGGAAGGGAAUCACGUAUCCGGCAGACGAGGGACGAAAGCAAGGCUUCAGGUGCUACUGGAGAGGGAAGCAUAACUGCCAUGGGGAACAUUGUGUGGGCGACUGUGGGGUCGAUGUAUUACUGAGCAGGCUCGUGGACGUCUUUGAUGAAGUUCUCGCGCAUACUGCGGCAGCGUCGGAUACGAGCAAUGAGGGGGAGGAUGGGCUUCGGAUGACCUGGAAGGGCUUUAAGGAUCAGGAGCUAACGUUGAACUGUGCGGACAUCGGUCCCGAUGUAUUGAGGGGAGUAUACAACUUGGUGAAGCAGGGACGCUUCGAUUGCGAUGCGACGGAGAUAAUAUACGAGAGAGCUCUCGAAGACUGCUCUGGACAGGUCGAUCAGUCAAGUGCACUGUUUGAGCGAUUGAAAGAUUCCAUCCGGAAUGAACUGGACUGUCAGGUCUGUUACUCGCUGAUCACAGACCCGUUCACCACACCCUGUGGCCACACGUUCUGCCGCGGCUGUGUUGCAACCGUUUUAGAUCAUAGUGAUCUCUGUCCUAUCUGCCGGCGCAAAUUGAAUAUGGCUUCGACCAUAAACUCUGAGCCCGUCAAUAAGAGGGUAUCCGACAUUACAAAGCUGUUUUUCUCGGACCAGAUCAGUUCACAGUGGCAGAGUCUGGCUGAGGAGCAGCCUGAUUCAGAGGCUGGAACCAUUCUUCCUUUGUUCGUCAAUUCUCUAUCAUUUCCAACUAUGCCGACUUUCUUGCGUAUCUUUGAACCUCGCUACUGCCUCAUGAUACGAAGAGUCAUGGAGAGUAGAGAUCGCAAGUUUGGGAUGGUCAUGUAUAACCGCUUAGGACGACCGCAAGGACAACUAGGAGCAUCCCAAUUCAUGCAAUAUGGAACAGUUCUUAGGGUCGAGCGCUUUGAGCCCCUUCCUGGCGGCAGAAGCUUGAUUUUUGCCAAUGGUGUAUCGCGCUUCAAAGUUCUCAAAUCUCACAUAGUGGAUGGCUACCACGUUGGCCAAAUACAGCGUGUUGACGAUAUUCCUAUCGCAGAAGAGGAGAAUUUGGAGUCCUUGGAGACGGCGACCAUCUCCCAUCGUUCAACAGAAGCCCGGCCAUCCCAACAGCCACUAGACUCCAUGUCAACGCAAGAACUGUUCCAGUUGGGACUGGACUUUGUACGAAAGCGGCGGGGCGAAGGUGCCAGAUGGCUGCACCCGCGCGUCUUGAUGGCCUACGGAGAUAUACCUUCGGAUCCAGCGCAGUUCCCUUGGUGGCUUGCCUGUGUUUUCCCAGUAUCCGAAGAGGAAAAGUACGCGCUUCUGUCAGCAACAAGUGUUAGGGAGCGGCUGAAGAUCACCGCACAGUGGGCUAGAAGGGCAGAGGCCCGGGAGUGCCCUGCUAUAUAUGAAAGCAACCAACGGCGGACUGCGCCGCAAGACGGUGAAUCAUAUCUGUCACAAACCCUCAUCAUUGGCAUUUUCAUUGCCACCUUUCUCUUUCAGGUUGCCGCCAAUUUCGGUCAGAUAAUGAGAAUCAGACGAAGGGAAGCAGUGGAUACUAGAUCAAACAUAGAGCAACAACCGGAGCCUCCAAGAGCUCUACAAAGGCCACAGGAGGAUGAUGAGAGAGAGGCUCAGUCACAGACAGCAGAUACUGAGUAG